GCCGGCUCGAGCCUCGGGGAGGGUGUGCGGCGCGGGGGCCGGGCGGGGCGGGGCCGCGGGCGCCCGGGGCUCGGCGGGGGCUGUCGGGAUUGGGGCGCCGCGGUUCUCGCUCGCCUCGGCGGCCCGGCUCAGCUCCGAGGGACUCGUCCGUGCCGCGCCCGCCCGGGGCCGCGCGCCUCUCCGGGACUUCCUGCCCGCGCGCCCCGCACCUGGCCACGGCUCAGCAGCCGGGCUCCGGCUGUAGUGCGCGGCGGGGCGGGCGGCGGACCUCGGCAGUCAUGGGGCUGCAGCCCCUGGAGUUCAGCGACUGCUACCUGGACAGCCCGUGGUUCAGGGAGAGGAUCCGCGCCCAUGAAGCGGAGCUCGAGAGGACCAACAAGUUCAUAAAAGAGCUCAUCAAGGACGGGAAGAACCUCAUCGCAGCAACCAAAAGUCUUUCAGCAGCCCAGCGGAAGUUUGCACAUUCACUCAGAGACUUUAAAUUUGAGUUUAUUGGUGAUGCAGAGACAGAUGAUGAACGCUGCAUAGAUGCUUCCUUACGUGAAUUUUCUAAUUUUUUGAAGAAUCUGGAAGAGCAGAGAGAAAUUAUGGCAUUAAGUGUAACUGAAACCCUGAUUAAACCCUUGGAAAAAUUCAGAAAAGAACAACUUGGAGCAGUAAAGGAAGAAAAAAAGAAGUUUGACAAAGAGACGGAAAAGAACUAUAGUCUAAUUGAUAAACAUUUGAAUUUAUCAGCCAAAAAGAAAGACUCACAUUUACAAGAGGCAGAUAUCCAAGUGGAGCAGAAUCGGCAACACUUUUAUGAACUGUCUCUUGAAUAUGUAUGUAAGCUUCAGGAAAUCCAGGAAAGAAAGAAGUUUGAGUUUGUGGAGCCUAUGCUGUCAUUUUUUCAGGGAAUGUUUACUUUCUAUCAUCAGGGCCAUGAACUUGCCAAAGACUUCAAUCACUACAAGAUGGAACUACAGAUCAACAUUCAGAAUACACGGAAUCGUUUUGAAGGAACAAGGUCAGAAGUGGAAGAGCUUAUGAACAAAAUAAGACAGAAUCCCAAGGACCAUAAAAGAGCAAGUCAGUUCACGGCAGAAGGCUACUUGUAUGUACAGGAAAAAAGGCCCGCUCCGUUUGGUUCCAGUUGGGUCAAACACUACUGCAUGUAUCGGAAAGCAGCCAAGAAGUUCAACAUAAUCCCGUUUGAGCACAGAUCUGGGGGAAAACUUGGAGAUGGAGAAGUGUUCUUUUUGAAAGAAUGUACCAAGAGGCAUACUGACUCCAUUGACAGAAGAUUUUGCUUUGAUGUGGAAGCUGCUGACCGGCCCGGUGCUGCUCUGACCAUGCAGGCGUUCUCCGAAGAGGAACGGAAGCAGUGGUUGGAAGCUCUGGGUGGAAAAGAAGCUCUGUUACACAGUUUUAAUAGAGCCAUCAUCCCAAGACCAGAAGGAAGCGCACAAUUGGAUAAGAUGGGAUUUACAAUUCUCAGAAAAUGUAUCAGUGCAGUUGAAACACGAGGUAUAAAUGACCAAGGAUUGUACAGAGUUGUGGGGGUGAGUUCAAAGGUCCAGAGACUUCUCAGUAUGUUGAUGGACGUAAAAACCUGCAAUGAGGUGGACCUGGAGAAUUCCAUAGAUUGGGAAGUGAAGACAAUAACAAGUGCCCUAAAACAGUACUUGAGGAGUCUCCCAGAGCCUCUUAUGACCUAUGAGUUACAUGGAGAUUUCAUCGUUCCAGCCAAAAGUGGAAGCCCAGAAUCUCGUGUUAAUGCUAUCCAUUUCUUGGUACACAAGUUGCCAGAGAAGAAUAAAGAAAUGUUGGAUAUUUUGGUGAAACACUUAACAAAUGUUUCGAAUCACUCCAAGCAGAACCUCAUGACUGUGGCAAAUCUAGGAGUGGUGUUUGGACCAACUUUGAUGAGGCCACAGGAAGAAACUGUUGCUGCCAUCAUGGAUUUGAAGUUUCAGAACAUCGUGGUGGAAAUCUUAAUUGAAAACCAUGAAAAGAUUUUUAAGACCCUGCCUGAUGCCACAUUCCCAGAGCCAGUCUCCCUGUCAACAUCACCCCCAAAUGCUCCACCCAGGCAAUCGAAGAGACAAGGCCAGAGGACUAAGAGACCCGUGGCUGUAUAUAAUCUGUGUCUUGAGCUGGAAGAUGGUGACAGUGCUAACCUUCCUAAGGCAGACACCACAACCGGGAAUCUAGAUUCACUUUCCUCUCCAUCUCCCACAACUGCAGCUGUCCCUGGGCCUCUUGGACCAGACAAAAACCACCUCGCAGAUGGGAGCAGCUUCGGGGACUGGGCAUCCCCUGUCCCCUGCCAGAUGCGAUCGCCCAUGGUCCAGUGGCUUAACACACAGUCCCCGACCACACCGAGCUGCAGCCCAGCUGUUACACCUCCUUCACCCAAGCCCCCGCCUUCCCCCCUCUCUCUGCCUGCCGCCAUCGUGGACAAGCCGCCGGAAAGCGUUGUCAAUCGGAAGGCUCGAGCGGUGUAUCCAUGCGAAGCAGAACACAGCUCAGAAUUAUCUUUUGAGAUAGGAGCAAUUUUUGAGGACGUGCAAACCUCGAGGGAACCCGGCUGGCUAGAAGGGACCCUGAAUGGCAAGAGGGGGCUGAUCCCACAGAAUUACGUCAGGCUGCUCUAGUGCCUGGCCAGUGAAGCCCCACGUGGACCUUGGCACCUGGGAACCGGCCUUCUGCCUCCAGGGCGGAACCCACAGCCACCUGGAGACAAGAACUCCACAUCACCAAUGGGCACUCCAGGGGCAGGGAGGGGGACCUACUGCCGGAGGCAGGGGCAGAGGACAUACCGCAGGGAACUGCUUCGGCCUGUGGAGCUGGAGAAGGGCGUCAGGAUUGACAGGAUGGACUUUUCACGUGUCAAGCCUUGGGACUUUGCACUGUGAGUUUUUAAUUAUCCUGUCCUCAGCCUGCCCAGCCUUCCCCGUGGUGACGGCUCCACCGGGCAGCUCCCUGCACACCUGCUGCUGAGAUGUGAAAGGGAACUUCACUUACUCGUGGGGGUGUUUAUGGGCUGUGCUCUUGGCUGUGGUGGAUGGGGUGUGGAGGGGGCUGCUGCUGGCAGGCGGGGAUGUGUCCAAACCCAGAGGGCAGCGGAGAGAUGCUCCUGCUUAGACGGCCUCCCAGGGCCCCACAUUCACUCUACUUAGAACGCACUGGCGUAUUUAUAACAGGCUUCUCGUUGGUGCUUCUCACCUGUGUGCUGUUUUCCAGACACCACCUUUUUGCCCCAACUUCUCUGUAAAUGAAAUAAAAUGUAAUUUACUAUUU